AUGGAAGACCUUGAGCAAGAAAAUCAUGAACUUCGCGAUGAAGUGACUACUCUCCGCGCAGGGGUAGAAAGAUUAACUGCUUUGGUAGAGACUUUGAUGGCUGCUCAGAGUACUCAAGCUCAGACUGGGGAACAAACCGCUGCGAUGUCGGAAAUUCUUACUACUACCAUCUCCAUGGCUCAAAACACUGGUCAUUCAUUCCAUCAAACGACCAAUGGUUUCCCAUGGGGCAUGUCUCACGGCUUUACACCCGAAGGAUAUCAGCAUACCAGUGGAGCUAUUCAAACCACUGCUACAAUGAAUGGGACUCAUUUUGUUCCUGGAGCCACUCAAGCCAUUCCCACGAUGGUGUUCACCCCACCUAUCCCUGGAGCUGCUAGAUUUACCCCUGUAAUGACCAUGACCCCAACUCUGGUACACACUGUGCCACAAACUGAGGAAGCUAUUUACCAUGCCGACCCAGGUGAAGGAAAUGGAGUCCACGGUGAUUUCCAAGAUCAGUUCCAAGAGAUGCGAAAGGAGAUCAAGGCACUCAAAGGAAAAAAUUCAUUUGGAAAGAAUGCUUAUGAUAUGUGUCUUGUGCCGAACGUACGAAUUCCAGCCAAAUUCAAGGUGCCUGAUUUCGAGAAAUAUAAAGGGAAUUCGUGUCCUCAGAGUCAUUUGACUAUGUAUUGUAGAAAGAUGGCUACUCACACUGAUGAUGACAAAUUGUUGAUCCAUUACUUUCAAGAUAGCUUAACUGGUGCUGCUUUAAGAUGGUACAUGGGAUUGGAUAGUUCCCAUAUCAGUUCUUUUGAUGACCUUGUAGAAGCAUUUAUCCGACAAUACAAGUAUAAUGUUGACAUGGCUCCCGAUAGGGACCAACUCCGAGCCAUGGCACAGAAAGAGAGGGAAUCCUUCAAAGAAUAUGCACAAAGAUGGCGUGAAGUCGCCGCCCAGAUUUCUCCACCCAUGGAAGAAAAAGAAAUGACAAAGGUUUUUCUGAAAACUCUUAGCUCGUUUUAUUAUGAGAGGAUGGUUGCAAGUGCCCCGACAGACUUUACUGAGAUGGUGAAUAUGGGAAUGCGACUUGAGGAAGGUGUCCGUGAAGGAAGAUUGGCCAAAGAGGGAAGUUCUAGUGGCGCCAAAAAGUUUGGGGGAGGCUUUUUUAAGAAGAAAGAACAAGAAGUUAGUGCUGUUUCGUAUGGAGCGCCUGGAAGAAAGAACAACUAUCGAUCACAACACGUCGCGGCUGUAUCCAAUACAACUCCAACGGUUUCAGCAUAUCAACCCCAAUUUCUUCAACAAAAUGUGCAACUACAACCUCAACAACAAACUCGUCCGCCACAUAAUAAUCAGCAAAAUAGAGCGCAGAGAAAGACAGAAUUUGAUCCGAUACCCAUGACUUAUACUGAGUUGCUUCCUGCCCUCAUAAAAAAGAAUCUCGUGCAGACUAGGGUUCCUCCGCCUGUCCCAGAAAACAUCCCAUGGUGGUACAAGGCCGAUGACUUUUGUGCUUUUCACCAAGGUGCACCUGGUCACAGUACGGAAAGAUGUUACCCAUUGAAGUUGGAAGUCCAGAAGUUAGUCAAGAGCGGUAUGCUGACCUUCAAAGAUGUCAAUCCAAAUGUUCAAGCUAAUCCUUUGCCUCAACAUGGGGCAGCUUCUGUGAAUAUGGUACACGGAUGUCCUGGGAGAUACCAAGUUUUCGACAUUCGCUAUAUUAGAGGAUCAUUGGUUAGGAUGCAUGCUGGUUUAUGCAGACUUGCUUAUUUUCAACAUGACCACGCCGCAUGUACAAUUUGUUCCAGAAAUUCACGUGGAUGUCUCGUUGUGAGGAGAGACUUGCAAAGGCUGUUGGAUCAAAGGCUCAUAACCAUUACUUACGAUAGAAACGAGGAUAAUGAUGUCAAUGUUGUGGCCCCUCAUUUCAAUAUACCCAAGCCUAUGGAGAUGAUCUACGAUAGCCAGAAUUCCGCUGUUUCUCCCUUGGUAAUUUAUCCAUCUGGUCCGAUUCCUUACACUUCAGACAAAGCGAUACCUUACAAAUACAACGCCACUAUGCUUGAAGAAGGAAGGGAAGUUCCAAUACCCGAUGUGCCUUCUGUUGAUAAUAUUGCUGGUAUGAGCAGAGUGACCAGAAGUGGACGCGUGUUCGCACCGUCGUCUCAGAAAAGAGUCGAAAUCCCAGUUAGUGAGCAAGUGCCAGUAAGAAAUCCAAUGGUGGAUUAUGAACCAAGCUUUGUGGAAGGGCAAUCUAGUGGGACAAACGCUGGUACAAGUGAUGAUGAGAUUUUGAAGUUGAUCAAGAAGAGCGAGUACAAAGUUGUCGAUCAACUAUUGCAAACUCCUUCUAAGAUUUCUGUGCUUUCCUUGUUGGCGUGCUCCCCAGUGCAUAGGGAAGCCUUGAUGAAGAUUCUGGAUCAAGCCUUCGUCGACCAUGAUGUGACGACUGACCAAUUUGGUGAGAUUGUGGGAAAUAUAACUGCUUACAACAACCUGAGUUUCAGUGAUGAAGAUCUUCCUAGAGAAGGCAGAAAUCAUAACCUAGCGUUGCACAUUUCAAUGAAUUGCAAGUCAGAUGCUUUAUCUAAUGUAUUGGUAGACACUGGUUCAUCUUUGAACGUUAUGCCCAAAUCCACUUUAUCUAGACUUUCGUAUCAAGGUGCUCCAAUGAGAUAUAGCGGGGUUAUUGUCAAGGCUUUUGAUGGGUCAAGAAAGAGUGUUAUUGGAGAAGUGGACCUUCCAAUGAAGAUCGGCCCGCAUACCUUUCAAAUCAAAUUCCAGGUAAUGGACAUCCAUGCUGCGUAUAGCUGCCUAUUGGGUCGCCCAUGGAUCCACGAGGCAGGGGCAGUUACCUCCACACUCCAUCAGAAAUUGAAGUUCGUAAGCAAUGGAAAGUUGGUUACAGUGGAUGGAGAGCAGGCAUUAGUGGUCAGUCAUCUUUCGUCAUUUUCCUACAUUGACGCUGGUGAAGCCGUUGGAACUCAAUUCCAAGCACUUUCUGUGGUUGGCAAGGAUGUUGAAAAGAAUGGGACAUCUAUUUCUUCUUUGAAAGAUGCACGCCAAGUGGUUCAAGAUGGUUCCGCUGUGGGUUGGGGUCAAGUUUUGAGUCCGCCCGAUAACAAAUUUCGUGAAGGUCUUGGUUUUUCUCCUACAUCUGCAAGAUAUAGUAAGCAAGACACUGUUACCCGCCCGAUGCAAGAGAUAUUUCACAGUGGAGGUUUUGAUCACCCUACACCUCCUGAAGUAGAUGCUGUUAUUGAAAAUGAUUCUGAAGAGGAUUCGUCAAGCUUCGUGGUGCGUGGGGUAGCUUGCCAGAAUUGGAGUGUUGUUGAUGUCCCGUCAGUGGUUCACAUUUCUAAGUAA